UUGACACUGGUAUCGAGAACGAACAAGGAGGAGGAGGAAGGAAGGAGGAGAUUUCCAUUGUGGCGAGAACUGAGUUUACAGUUUGUGCUGUUAUAUAAUUUUUAUCUUCAUCGGGCGGUUAUCAUCCAUUAUUGUCCAUCCUUUGAUAUCUGAAGAUAGAUAUCUGGCCGUUCAGAGCAGAAUGGCCGAGUCGAGCGCCAGAUAUCAGCAGCUGUCCAACGAGGAGGACGCAGAAGGGAGUCCUCAGGCUGCAGCCGACGCUCCGCCGCCGUACAGCAGCAUCGCAGCCGACAAUGCUGCGUACUUGGACUACAAGGAAGGCGGGGACUUCCCAAAGCCUCCGUCGUACAACGUAGCGACCACGCUACCUUCCUAUGAUGAGGCAGAAAGAACCAAGACCGAGGCUACAGUUCCCCUGGUAACCGGAAGACAGCCUCAGCUCAGGGAACGCCUGGAGACUUUUGACGAUGUAAUUCGCAGUUCGCUGGAGGACGAAGACUUUGUGACCAGAGAUGACUUUGAAGAUGCCGAUCAGCUCAGGAUAGGAAACGAUGGCAUCUUCAUGCUCACUUUCUUCAUGGCAUUCCUCUUCAACUGGAUCGGUUUCUUCCUGUCUUUCUGUCUGACCACCUCAGCCGCCGGCCGCUAUGGAGCCAUCUCGGGCUUCGGCCUCUCCCUCAUCAAAUGGAUCCUCAUAGUCCGGUUCUCCACAUAUUUCCCUGGUUACUUUGAUGGACAGUACUGGCUGUGGUGGGUGUUCCUGGUGCUGGGCUUGUUGCUCUUCCUCCGAGGGUUCAUCAACUACGCCAGAAUCCGCAAGAUGGCCGACAAUUUCUCCAGCCUGCCCCGCACCCGAGUCCUCUUCAUCUACUGAGCCCACAAACCACCAACACCACCUUCUAAAUAUAUUUUAUUUUUACUUAACGUGAUUUGGACAAUAUGACGUCUGUUGUCCCCCCUUUUUUUUCGGUGUUUAAACAGUGAAUGCUGAGAAAUCUGUAAAAAAAAACAUAAAAUCCCUCAGUAGUUAGUGGUGAACUGUCAAGUAAGUGCUGUUUGCAAUCAUGAAGUCUGAAAUGUAUGAAUUGAAGCCUUAAUUUGCUGAUUUUUAAUAUCUGUUUGGUGACAGUGACAUGCACCGCCUCCUGUUUGGCCACCAGGGGGCGGUCUUGUUUGUCUCAUUUUUUUUUUUCCUCUUUUUGAUGAAGCAUAAAGAGAGAUGGUUUCGGGCACAGGGGGGGGGGGCGUCACAGUGGGUAGUUUUUGAGGUUAUGGGGUCGAUUUACACGAUGUCAGAUAAUAUCUUUCAACUUCCAGUUUAAUGUGCUUUUAACUUCUCUGAACCAGUGCUGUUUGUUCAUUGUGAAAAGGUUAACGAAACCAGGUGCAAAGGGAAACUAGAUAGUCUGUAACUGGAUUUAGACGUGCAAUUUGGACACUUGUGGUGAAAUCGGUUGUUCCAGUGGCCUGAUUAUGGUAACGGGAAAAAUCCAUUUGUGUCCAUUAAAAGGAAAUGAACGGGAUUUGCCAGACGUGAUUUGGAAAGAGCGAAGUAUUGUAUUCAUUUCCUUUUAUCUUUCAUGUAACGAUGCAAAAAUAAAAAGUAAUUCUUUUUCUUUCUUUCUUUUUUAA